GGAGACAAUCCAAACUGGUAUCUGACCCAAGUUACUGUGAGAGAUCUACAGAAAGACCAUGUCUGGCAAUUUAUGUGCAACAGAUGGUUGGCUGUUGACCGUGGUGACUUCACUACCUCAUGUACACUACUUCCUACAAAUGAAAAAGACUUGAAACAGUUUGGCACAGCGUUCCCGGGUCUCGCUAGUAAAAAUAUGCGUGAGGAUCAUCUCUGGUUGAGCAUAUUCUCAAAACCUGUUGAAAGUCAUUUCACACGGGUACAGCGGUUAAUGUGUGCAUUUACAUUGCUCCUGAGCUACAUGUUGACCAAAAUCAUGUUUUUUGAUGUACCAAGUGAUGAGCCUAAGCUACAACAACAGAUUGGUAGUAUCCAUAUAUCAAUAUCAGCUAUAGUGAUGGGAUUAGAAUGUAGUCUCCUCAUGUUCCCAAUUAACGUGAUCAUUGUGCAACUCUUUAGACUAACCAAAGCAAAACCAAGCAAGUUGCAAGAAAUUGAUGAUGAAUUCAAUACUGAAUCAUACGCUAGUCUGGAAACUGAGAGUAGGUUUGAUUCAUCAGAUUUCAAAGAGCAAUUGACGAUGGGCAAGAAAGCAUCCGAAACUGAAAUUAGAAGUGGUGAUAUUUUCUUCAUGGCUGAUGAAGCAGAAGGUGAAAAUGCAGAAAUAAAGCGCCCCAAUGAGCAUGUUAAACUUCAUGGGGAACAGUUAAAACCAAAGAAAAUAUUGCCUGAUUCACAUGAUCCUUCAGCUGCAACUCCAAGGCCUACUGCGCUCGAUGCAGAGGCUACUGAAACAUAUAUAUUAGAGGAUGGCAGAAGGAAAAAGUCUGUGUUAGUGAGGUGGAAACAACAUGCAGAAAAGGAUGUUUGGAGUGUUGGGGAGAGCCAAAGUGAUGUUGAACUUCAUGUGAAGAAGAAAGAGCCAGUUGGGCUGCCAUGGUGGUUCUUGUACAUCAAUUGGACACUCUGCAGCCUCACUAGCAUUACGUGUACAUACUUUAUCAUGUUAUAUGGCUUGAAAUAUGGCUACCAGGCAAGCAUUGAGUGGCUCACCUCUAUCUUGACGUCCAUUUUCACAAGUAUAGUGGUCCUACAACCUAUCAAAGUGGUUGCCAUGGCAAUUCUGUGUGCAUUGAUCUGUAAGAGGAAAGCUGAAAUUGAUGAUAGACGAGACAAGAUUGACAUGAGUGAAUUAGAACAUACACUGAACCAAAAGAGAAGGAGACAAAGAACAUUUUAAAAUUGAGUGAUAUAACACUUAGGAAAGCUUACAAAGAACCAAAAUGUUCAAAAUCAUUGAAGAAUAUAAAAGGCAAUGGUCUGAUCUUUGUACCUUUUGUAAAGAAGAACCAGGGACAAUUUGUCUUGUCAUCUAUGAUGCUUUAAGCGGUAAUGGAAUUGAUAGAAGAAAUGGAAAAUUGGUUACCUGAGGAAUUGACAGUAGUUUGUACAAAUCAGAAUAUACUGAUAGGACCAGUAUGUAUAAAUAACUAAGAACAACUAUCCUAACAAAUAUGUUGCGUAUAUUCAUAAAUUGUUUACAGAUGUAACACUCAAUGUUAAGACCAACAUUAAAGGAUAUAAUGCAAAUCUAAGAACUUAAUGUAAUAUGGAUAAACAGACAGACAAAGAGGAAAUGUGGGCAAUUAUGGGAACUACACUCAAGUAGUGUGAACCCCUAAAACCAAAAGAUGGGCUCUAAUUUUGAAAAAUUGAGGCCCAUUUUCUUCAAAAUCUGGCCUAAAAUUAAAAAAUAAAGCCUUUAAAG